CGGACAUUCACUGGAUCUCCGGAUCUCAAACCACGUGGGAUCGGAAUUUUGUGAUGGAGAUAUUAAAAGUUGUCAGAGAACAGUAGUCAAGUCUGUAGGGACACCCACCGCGGAACAAUGGACAAGAUGAACGGAGCAGAGGACUGGGAAUGGGAUCUCAUCUCGUCCUCUGUCAAACUCGGAGAGAGCUCUACGUCUUCGCGUACGGCGACGCUGGCCAAUUGUCUCUGCCGAGCUGAAUUUCAAGCGAUCCUAGAGUCUGAUGAAGCAAAGGAUGUGCUGUCGGAUGAACGAUUGUACCGGGAUCUAGUGACCGGAUACCAGGCCAGUGGGCCGAGUCACGACGACGAAGCCAACAGGCCUAUCGCGAUGCAAGCCGAACAGACCCUCGCCCGAUUGAUCAUCGCCAUAGCUUUACUUCAUGCUUUCGUUCAAGCCAACUGGACAGGACCAGAUCUCGACUUCUCACCGCUGGACCUCUUGCCCGCCCCAAUCGCGAAAGACGUCAGCGUAGAGCAGCUGAAUGAAUCAGCCAUCCCUCUCCUCACCCUUGGAGGCGAGCCUGCCUAUCACCUCUCGACUCAUUCUUCACUCUUCCUUCUUGCCCUCCGAGUCCUGAAUUCAUGUCAAGGCCUGCAUACAUUUUCAUGGUGGAAAUUACGUUUUCAUCUCGUUCAUCUGUCUCUCCUGGAUGAACCUGUCGAGCUUUCGCCGUCGAUUCUGGAUCAAGUGAAAGCUUUAGCGGAGAAUCUACCGGAAGAUCCUGAUCUACAAGCACGAUAUCACCUCGAAGUAGGACUCUACCACCAGGCACUGGGUCAAGACAAACUUGCCAAUGCUCAUUUCCUUGAAGCUGCGAGGUCCAGUGGUCUAGAAUUCCAACUCACGGGUGCAUUAGGAGUCAAGACGAAAUUCCAGGUCAAUCCAUUGAGUCAGUUGGUAUUAUUGGCCGAAUCAAGGGAUCGCCCCGGAGGCGACACGGAGGCGGCGAUAGCAACGGCGGAUCCCUCCUUGCCAGAGGCAUCCGCGAGUGGGACACCAAGCUCUAUGCCCGAAACCAUGGCUCUGAAUGACGACACCUUGUUGGAAGAAACGCAGUUCACCAAAUUGGUCAAUCCUGAACCCACAGCCCCGACAUCGUCUCUAUCCCGGCUUGCCCAUCUAGAUCCGGCCAAUCAACCGCCUCUUCAUCCUCUCGAUCAAUCUCUCCUCUUGUCCUUGUGCUUAUCGCAACACAAUCAAACGCCCGAAUCAGGUCUCACCGCAAGUCAAAUGAUGCCUUUUGUCUCUCGCGUCAUUUCCCAUCCUCGCAAUUGGUCGGUUCAUACCGUUGCUCUGCUCCUUCGAUCUCGACUCGAAUCGACCCGCUCGCGGACCGUCGAGCGAUCGGCACUACAGCUCGCGGCCUUGAUUGAGCAAAUGCCUACUAGCGAUUCGACACCCAAAGAGAGAUUGAGAUAUUUCCAUCAAAUCCCACUCCCAUCACGCUGGGCCAUGGAAAAGGAACUCGCUAAACGGUAUCUUUCCCUCGGAGUCACCCGAUCUGCUCUGGACAUUUUCACUCGCCUCGAGAUGUGGGAAGAUGCUGUAUCUUGUCUCCAACGGAUGGAACGGGAUGAAGAGGCUGAGAAGAUUGUCCGGGAUCUGCUUGAGGGUCGAAUCAUCGAAUCAGAUCUCGUCCCUGUCCUCAAGAAGGAUAUGAGCGACACUCGACGUGAAAAGAUGUCUGCAGGUCGACAGGCUAAGCUCUGGUGUAUCCUUGGUGAUUUGUCCUUGACUUCGGACGGUGCUUCCAAGGACCCUCAAGCAGCCAAGGACCGAGCGAUGGAAUGCUACGACAAGGCUUGGCAAGUGUCCAACGAGACCUUCUCCCGAGCAAUGAGAUCCAAGGGGGCUCUGCAUUUUUCUAGCAGAGAGUACGAACAGGUCGUUGAAUGUCUUCGAAAAGCGCUCGAGAUCAACCCGUUAUACGGUCGGACGUGGUUCACCCUCGGUGUCAGUCUGACCCGCUUAGAACGAUGGUCAGAGGCAAAAGAGGCGUUCCAGAGAGAAGUUGGAGUGGACGAAGAGGAUGCCGAGGGAUGGAACAAUCUCGCUGCGAUCUAUUUAAGGCUCUAUGAGGAUUCGAAAGGGGAGGAAGAGCUCGCGGCCGCUCCGUUCUCGGACAAGUUGAUGGCUUUCCGUGCGCUUCGACAAGGGAUCAAAUUUGCCCCUAACAAUUGGCGAAUGUGGUCCAAUUACAUGAUUAUCGCUGGCGACGUAGGCGAAUUGGCAGAAUCAGCACGCGCCAUGGGCAGAGUCAUCGAACAUCGUAAGGCUGAUUCGUCCAGAGCAGUCAUGGGGGAGGUCGAGUUCGACGUCUUGGACAAAUUGGUUGACAGUGUGACGAGGGACGAUCACGCUCUUGUCAAGCAGGGUUCGCUGCUCUCAAAGUCCUCCAAUGAAGGCAUCGGACUCUUGCCGAUCCUUGAUAGACUGUUUGACCAUUCUAUCCUCGCUCGUGUAUCGGAUCAACCGCGAGUUUGGCGAGCUCAUGGAAGAUUGGCGAGAUGGAAAGAAGAGUGGAAGAUCGCCAUGGAGGAUUAUAUCAGGGCGUACCAAUCUGGUCCCAGUUGUUUACCAGGUGUAGAAACGGAUAAAGACAAGUUCGCGGCGGCGGUCUUGGAACUGGAGGAAUUGGUCGGUGUAUUUCAAGCCCUAGGACCCAAGAUACCUAAAGAAGAAGGAAAAAAGGCAGGAGACUGGACUUUUCAAGCUAGAGGAUUGGUCAGGACGUUUAUAGGAAGGACGAGAGCUUCGUUCGAAGAUGAUCCAGAGAUGGAGAGGCUCAAGGCGCUAUUAGGUGAGUUGAAGAAUAGCAAGUAGGCUGGUCGGCAAAGGGGGUGGGGUCGUGGGCCUCCAAAUAUAUCCUGCACUUUUAUACCCGGAACGACGCGUGAUAUCUCAUACCUGCCAUGUCAUGUACAACAUAAAAAG